UCAUUUAGAGCGUGUGGACGGUUUGGCGAAGACGCUGCUGGGAGUGCGAAAAAACACCAAAUAAACGUCCACAAAAGUGCCAAAAAGUACCUUUAAAGUCACACACGCCAUGGUUACAACGCGCGCCGACAUGUGUUAGCACUUAAAGAAGAAGCAACUUUGGCAGCACGACUUUCUUCCUGCUUCAGGAAUUACAGCCACUUUUCGGGAAGAUGUCAGCCCCGAGCAACUCGCUCCAGCAGGCGAGGGUGAGACGCAGCACUGCGGGCUCCCCCGGCUCGUUCAGCGGCGGUGUCAGCGGAGGUGGUGGUGGUGGUGGCGGUGGUGGUUCCGCCACCAGCGGCUGCCGUCUGCACCCCAUCCGUGCCACCGUGCCCUACCAGCUCCUGCGUGCGGGUCAGAGCAGCCCACCGCGUCCACACACCCUCCACGGAGGCGGCGGCGGCGGAGGAGGAGGAGGCGCGGUGAGCCGAGGCUCCAGCUCCCCCUCCAGCCCGACGCUCGCUCCAGGAAGUGCGCACGCGAAGCAGAGACUGUCCCCCGAAAACAAGGACGCCUCCUGUCCUCCAGACUCUCCCGGCUGCAGAGCCGAGAGGUCCAAGUUGCAGGUCCGGAGUUCCAGUGCCAUCCGGCGGACGUCCUCCCUGGACGCCAUCACAGCCCCGUACCUGACCGGCCAGUGGCCGCGGGACUCGCACGGACCGUACCCUUCGUGUAUGAAAGACAAAGCCACGCAGACUCCGGGGCUGUGGAUCGACGAAGCAGCGGAACAGGGAAGUCCUCACCAGCGCUCAGCGUCCUGGGGCAGCGCCGACCACCUCAAAGAGAUUGCUAAACUGAGGCUGCAGCUGCAGCGCAGCAAACAGGUGAACAGGCAGAGCAAAGACAGAGAGCCCAGCUCGCAGCAGCAGCAGACGCAGCAGCAGCAGCAGACACAGAAGCUGCAGCACCAGACGCAGAAGCUGCAGCAGCAGCAGCAGCAGCAGCAGCAGCAGCAGCAGCAGCAGCAGCAGAUGCAGACGCAGACGCAGCAGCAGAAGCUGCAGCAGCAGCAGCACAGCAACACAUGUCAAACUCAGCACAAAGCACCUGCGUCAGGACCGUCGACGCUCCCCGUGCCAAAGUCCCUCAUCUGUCGCGUGCCGAGCAGCGUGGAAGGAAUCAACCACGAGUUGGAGAACGUGUUCAUCAGAGAGGACUGGGAGCAGAGAAUACAGACCAUGGAUGCGGUGGACGGACGUCGCCCCCCCUUCCCGCCGCAUCGCUACAGUAACAGCGGAGACAUGCGUGACACGGACACACAGGCGCCCUCUAGCGGCGACUCCAGCCCAUCGCCCCGCCCCCGCAGCUACGACCACCUCCACUCCCUCGACGGAAGCCCUUGUUCCACAGAGGAAAUCGACAAAGACGGUGUGUGCAGUUCUCCUCUGCCUAAGUUUGCCACUUCUCCUAAACCCAACAACAGCUACAUGUUUAAACGGGAACCUCCAGAAGGCUGCGAGAAGGUCAAAGUGUUUGACGAGUUGGUGUCUGGGAAAUCUAAAGGCUUCCCUCUCUUCUCGUGCCCGGACAAAAACAAGGUGAACUUCAUUCCCCGAGGCUCCGCCUUCUGCCCUGUCAAGCUCCUCUGCUCCUCCCUCUUCUCCCCCGCCUCCCCGCUGUCCUGCGCCUCGACCAACAGCGAGAGCGCCGGGCCUCAGGUGACGACCCCGACCCCGCCCACCGCGCCACUACCUACCGACCAGAGCGCCGACAUAAGCACAGACGGCCAGAGCCCCGACGCACUUCUCCUCAGCAGCUAGUCCUCAGGUAUCACCACGCAAAACCACCACAGCAACAAAAACAAACAUUUCAACUGGUCACGUGGUUUGGUCUGAAAAAGAAAAAGAAAAAAAAAAAGAAUCCUUGCACUCCGUUAAUCCUAACAUUAGCCAGCAGGGGGCGCCCAAGGUCAGGAAAGGACACAAACUCAUGGCACCAACAUCGUGAUUGACGAGCGCUCGCCGUCUUUGGCACUGCUGUUUCCGUCACUCGGAUUCUACGGACCUUGGGCCCCGCCUCCUUUUGCCCUGUCACUAACCUCGCCUGUACCACAAUAUCACCCGUAAUAAUAAUAAUAAUAAUAAUAAUAAUAAUAAUAGUAAUAAUAAUAACAAUGUUAAAAAAAUAGCUUUGCUUUGUUUUUUUUUCGCAAAAUAAAACUAGAAACGACUGCUGAAUUUAUUCUUACAUAAGCGCUCAGAAGUUAAGUGAGAUAGAAAUCACAAAAACACACCAUCUGCCUAUAUGACCUAACUAGCAUGUUAGCUGCUAAGUGUUCAAACAGUUCAAAUACACAUGUAAGCGUAUGGAGAGGGCGGGACAUGUUUGUUUCACACACACACACACAGUGGAGCUGUCAAUUUUUUUUUAAAGAAAAUCUGUAAUAGAUGGACAAAUCCUGCGUUGUCCAGCGGGGGGUGCAGUUAGCACAGCUUUGAACGCCAUCAUGACUCAUCAGAAAAAAACUAAAUGGAGGACACACGAUAAUCCGUCCUCCUGAGCGGACAAUCGCGACAACAUAGCCUCCGAAGAACGCGGGAAUUUCAGGUUCAGUGGCGUUAACAAAUGUGCUGACUCACCCGUUAGCUUAGCUGUUAGCUCCACCUGAAUGAGGCGGCAGAAAAGGAGGAAGAUAAAAAAGUGGCAGCCCUAACGUACAGUAUUUCACAUAUCGGAAUAUUUUUUCUCGUCAUUAAUCACAGUGUUCGCAGUUGUUUGGACAGAGAAAUACAGGCUUUAUAUUUUUUUUUUUGGUGUGUAUUUUGUACGAUUAUUUGUAGCUCUGCCUACCUGAGGUCUGCUCAUGAUCAUGAUUUAAAAAAAAAAUAAAAAUAAAAAAUGUGCGCGUCACAAAAUGCUACCAUUAGCUUUUCGUUUAGAGACCAAAUACACAAAAAAAGCACACUAACUCUGCCAUCUUGUUGUUCUUAUUGACCCAAAACUUUCCCCCCGAUCAAUAACUCAGGUCACGUGGAAUGUACUCGCUCCGACUUUGUCGCCUUUUUUACCCCCGAAGUGUUUAACGACGUUCUCCCAUGGAGUUUUUGUUUUGUUUUUUUAAUUCCCAGCAGAGG